AUGGUUCAAAGACAGUUCGCUUCGCGACAGUUUGUACCAGUUACUGAUGGAUGGGCACAAUCGGAGUUUGCCUUUACAAGUGAGGGUUACAUGAAAAGGGUUCAAGAUACUACGAAAUCUUGGAGAAAAAUCUACCUAAUGGAAUUGGCUCUCUAUGUUGAUACUAUCACUGUAGAUUAUGACAUAUUGAGGCAACGACGAGUGAAGAGUCAACUAACCCCACCGAUUGGUGUUGCUUGCCAGAAUCCGUUCUCCGAGCUGGAAAUGGCAAGACGAGAAUUUAAACGCGAAAAAGCCAAACUGUUACGAGAUAUUAGUUCUCUUCAGGAGGAAAACUACCAGCUGAAUAUUGAUGUUCAAAUUGAAAAAUCCAAAAACGAGAAAGUCCAAAAAGAAGUUGAGGCCACGAGAAAGGAUUUAAGGGACCUUCAUUUGGAAAACAAGAAAUUAAGAGGCACUAUAAAGAAUAGUGGAUUGGGCAAAUCAUCGACAGAAUGGAAGGAAGAACUAAGCAACAUCAAAGGUGGAAUGGAAUUCUGGAAAGCCAAAGCGAAGAAGGAGGAGGAAAGAGCUGCACGUACUAUGAUAGAGUUAAGGAAGAAGAAUGUUAAAUACGAAACUAUGUCUGUAAAAUUAACGGCUAGAGCUCUAGAAGAGAAGAAUGGUCAGCAUGACAGAGACAUUCGCGCCUACGAAAGAGCCCUCCAAGAAAAGGAUAUACACCUCGGCGGUUUGAUCAAUGAAAUUCGCAAGGCGGCUGCUUGGUACACUACGAGUCUGGAAUCACGCCACUCUUAUAAGAUGAACCUAAGAGCUAGAGCUAUGGAUGCCGAACUCAAUGAAAGAAUGGAAAUGAUAGAAAGAACCCAAAGAGAGUUGCAAGAGCAACUGGCCAAGUCUCAGCAAGAGGUGAGAGACUUGAUGAUAAGAUCCCGAGAAGAAUCACUAGAGCAAAGGGAUCAAAUGGCCAACAGGAUGGAGAUGAUGACGGCCUUGGUAAAAUGA